AUGAACGAAGGGUCUGGUCCUGUUCAACGAAGUGGGUCUUGUCAUGACGAGAUUUGCUCUCACCUGACCACGGCAGCCAUUGCUACUCAGCCCAGUCCAACCCCGAAGCGCCUUGCGGAUUUCCGCGUCAUGUCUUCCAAGGACCUGAAGAGACAGUCCUCCGGCGGCCUGAAGAAGCAGGGCUCGAACAACGACCUCGCAAAGAAAAAGAAGCAGACCAAUGCAGACCAGCAGGCGAAGCAGCUAGAAGAUGCGGAGAAGCCCAUCGAUGACUUGGCCAAGAAAUACAAGACCAGCUUGCAAAAGGGCCUUUCCAGCAAGAAAGCAGCUGAGAUCCUGGAACGGGACGGCUUGAAUGAAUUGGAAAAGCCUCCGAAGCCCACCCUGCUGAUCCUGUUCUUGAUGCAGCUCACCAGCUUCAUCAUUGUGCUGCUCAUGGUUGCAGCAGUCGCCUCCGUGCUUGUCAAUGCCACGGGUCCGAAGGCUGCAGACCCGCUGUCCUACACAACAGGUAUUGCCAUCGGAAUCAUUGUCCUCAUCAACGCCGGCAUUGCUGCAUGGACGGAAGCCAAAGCCGGUGAUGCACUCGAAGCGCUGGCCCAGAUGACUCAGGCCAACAUCUACGUGCAAAGCUACAUUGUCAGCCAUGGUAACUUGGAAAUGAGCUUCGCUUCCCUUCUGGAGUUGGAUCUGGCCGUCAAACUCUUCGAGCUGCUGGGUCCCGUGGGGACUGCGGCCCUAGAUGUGGCGAGCAAGCAGCACCUGCAUUCCAUCCACGAGCCUUGGCUCCAAGAGAAAAUCACCAACUGGGCAUAUAACUUGCUGCUUCUUGCGAGCUGUCGGAAUUCGCAGGCCGAAGCCUAUUGGAGCAGGGCUCUUCGUGUCGAGAGCGACUGCGAAGACCUUGAAGUUGAACCAGAUCCUGGCGAACAACCCCGACAAUGCCUUUCCCGCUCCGUCUUCGCAAGAUGCCGCGGGCAGGAGCUGGCCCGCACAGGUCGUCGAGAGCGACUGGGCGCUGCUUUGGGCAAGCGAGGUCUACCCCUGCGUGGUGACAGCCGGCUGUGCAGUGGCUACAUUCAGUCAGGAGUCGGAGACGUAAAUGCCAUUGUUGCCACAAUGGUCGAAAUGGAUUUCUACUUCUGCCAAACAUCUUACCCGCAGGAGCGUGAGCGAGUCCUGGAAGAAAAUUUCGAGCAAGCAAGAAACGAUGCGCUGGAUGCGGCGCAUGCAGGGGAGUCCACUUCAGUGAAUCAUCUGGAUUAUGUGGAGAAACUGAGCAGUGAAGACAUCUCUCAGAUGUGCAAGGUGCGAGCACUGUGGAGGCUAGCAAAAGCCUUCUGCGAAUUCUGGCGUUCUCACGAGGACGCAUCAAUGGACGAUGGUUUACAGACCUUAUUGGCCAAUGCUCCUGUCACACUUCACGAGCGCAUACGCUGGUUUUGGACUUUUGCCCAGAACGGCAAUGCGACAGAUGUACCGCCACCACAGGUCUACGAACAAUUAGGCAUUUCCGUCCGUUCCGGCGAGCCCGCAAUUGUCCGCCGGGCCCGGCUGCGUGCGCAAAGUGCCAAAGAGCAAAGUGACAUGGAGGAGGCCCUGCGCGUGCACAUAGAAGCAAUGGGCCGUCUGGCGCGGGACGAAUCCUUGCAAGACCACAUCAUGCUGCCGGCAAGCCUGUCGAGAGAUGAGCGUGCAUUUCUUCACCGGAUUGCAGGCGAGCUUGAGCUCAACCAUGAAAGCGUGGGAGAAGGUCCACACCGAGCUUUGAGGUCACUGUCGACUCCGCCAAGCCAGAACAUCUACAGCCCGUCAAAGCCUGCCGCACGCUCCCUUCAUCAGCGAGUCAUACUGGUGAUCGCAUUGCUGCAACAAGCAGACCUACAAAAUGUGGGCAGGAAAUAUGGCAUGGCAGAGCUUUGCGAUGAAAAGGCUUCGGAAAACAUGGUCUCAGCCCAGCCUUGUUUCUCACGUGUCAUUACCACAAACAGGGCGCAAGAAAGGAACUGGCCCAAGGUGCUUCGUGAUGGCAAGGAAGUGCAGAUCGCUGUCCCGACGGUCGUCGCAGGUGACAUUGCUUCUUGGCGCGCCAAGGACUUCAAGGUGAGCGAGAUGGCUUUGACAGGCGAGCCUGAUGAUGUGACCAAAACCAGCAAGGUGAAGGAGAAGAAGGAGGGCCCGGAAAAGCUCACCCCGGAGACGAUGGCCUUCUCGGGGUGCAGCGUUACGAGUGGAGCGGGCCGAGGGUUGGUAACGGACACGGGUAUGGGCACGCGCCGCUUGGCCAAGACUGUGAGACAACCUUACAACGCGAUAUGCCUACGCCCAGACCUGUUGGAAGGGACAUCGGACAAAGGGUACGAGCCUUGA